UGCGGCAACGGCGAAGGUACAAAAGUAUCAGGGCCAUGUCAUCCGGUUUCCAAAGGACUGAAAUCAGCAGAAUCCCUUCUUCAACGUCCACGAGAGGGAUCGGUUGCCGUCAACGGUUGGCCAAACUUUUCCGCCAUCCUCGGCCGCUGUCCACUCGGACCUGUUCGCGGGUUGUGCACGAGCCGCGUCCUUUCAAAGUUGCUGGGCCGGAUACCUCAUGUCUGAAGAGGCAACUGUCCCCGUAA